AUGUCAGCUUCCAACGCCACCACGGGAGUGUCAGAUGCUCAGCCCAGCAUUGUCUACGACAACCAGGUCGAAAUCGCUCCCGACGAGGAUGCGAAUCAAGCGGUCGCUGCUCCUGCAGAACAACCGAGCAGUGUUGGUUUGUCAACUUCUAGCGUGACUAGCUCAGUCUUGGAAUACAGACAAGAGAAUGGGCGGACUUACCAUGGGUACAAAGAAGGGAAAUACAUGCUUCCAAAUGACGAUAGAGAGGUUGACAGGCUCGACCUGCAGCACAACCUCUUCAUCAGAACUUUUGACGGAAGGCUUGCAACUGCUCCCCCAAAUGACCCUGGCGCCAAGGUCAAGAACGUUCUCGAUGUCGGAACUGGAAGCGGAAUCUGGGCAAUGGACUUUGGGGAUCAGCACCCUGAAGCGGAGGUGCGCGGAUUUGAUCUUUCAGCCGUGUUUCCUGAAUUCACCGCUCCUAACGUGCGAUUUGAGAUUGAUGAUCUCGAAGAGCCUUGGACUUGGACGGAGCCCUUUGACUACAUUCAUAGUCGAAUGAUGAAUUCCUCAAUCAGUGACUGGAAAGUAUAUAUUCAAAAAUGUUAUGACAACUUGAGCCAUGGGGGUUACCUUGAACUCAUUGAGAUCGAUUGUAUCCCUCUAUCUGACGAUGGAACUCUGACACCGGAACAUUCCAUUAUGAAAACGGGCAAUCUACUACUGGAGGCUACGACCAAUGCUGGCCGCAAGUAUAUAUACCCCCCUGAUCUUAAGUCCAUGAUGAUGGAAGCAGGCUUCGAUGGCGUGACGAUGCAACUCUUCAAAUGGCCUGUUAACCCUUGGCCGAAAGAAAAGAAAUACAAGGAACUUGGGCAGUGGCAGAAUGAGAAUCUCUUCCAGGGAUGGGAAGCUAUAUGUAUGGCGCCUCUAACGAGGGCGCUUGGCUGGACUAAGGAGGAAGUCACCGUUUUGAUGGCCCAGAAUCGCCGGGACUUCAACAAUCGCAACAUUCAUGCCUAUUUCCCGAUCAUACUUUCGUCAACCGCGAGUGUGACCGCAUCAAUGCUCGAUUACCGUGUUGAGAAUGGCAGGACCUACCAUAGAUACAAGGACGGCAACAUGCAACAUACGAUGUUUUUGCUCACUUUCGAUGACAGACUGGGCAAUGCCCCUCCAAACGACCCGGGGGCGAAGGUAGGGCAUGUUCUUGAUGUUGGAACCGGCACAGGAAUAUGGGCCAUAGAUUUCGCCGAUGAACACCCUGAAGCCGAAGUUCGCGGUAUCGACUUGUCCGCCAACUUCCCAGAAUUUCAACCGCCGAAUGUAAAGUUCGAGAUCGACGAUUUGGAGGAGCCGUGGACUUUCUCUAAGCCCUUCGACUAUAUCCACAGCCGAAUGAUGAACUCUUCUAUCAGUGAUUGGAAGGAGUACAUACAGAAGUGUUACAACAACCUGAACGCUGGUGGCUAUCUUGAGCUGAACGAGAUUGACUUGAUGCCACUCUCCGAUGACGGAACCUUGAAGCCGGACCAUACUCUCGUUAAAACUAGCGCGUUGAUUCAGGAGGCCCUUCAAAUCAUUGGACGUCCUUAUCAGGACGUCAAGGCACUCAAAUCUCUCCUAGCUGAUGUUGGAUUUGUUGACAUCAGGCUACAGCAAUACAAGUGGCCUACUAAUAGCUGGCCGAGGGAGAGACGUCACAAAGAGCUCGGCGUCUGGCAAAACGAGAACAUUCACGAAGGCUGGGAGUCCAUCUGCAUGGCCCCGUUGACUAGAAUCCUUGGCUGGACCAGAGAGGAGGUGUUGGUGUUGAUGGCACAAAAUCGUAAGGAACAGGAUGACCGAAGCAUCCACGCAUAUUACUCUAUCUGGUCUGUCUACGGACGGAAGCCGGAGAAGCCAGCAGCGGCUGCUUAA